UCCAAUCAAAUUUAGUUUAAUGUCUGAUUGCUUGACAGACUGCAGCAACUUGGGUCUAACAUAUGCUAAUUGUCAUCUUUGUAUCAUGCGAGUUCAAAACUGUUUAUUUCCAUUUCCUCCUACUUCAGGAUUUUUUGGUUUUCUUCUUUCUUUUUUCGCUGAUGUUCAAGUCUCUUUGGUAAACUGUAGGUGGCAUAAGUAAUGCUUUCUCGUCGCUGGUGUAAUUAUCAUUGCUGGAGGUGGGAUAGGGAAUAAAGAGGCACAAAACCAUGUUAAAUUCUUCCUUUUUCUAAAAACUGCAUCAACCAGAACCUCAGGUUUUAGUCCAGUUGUGAAAAUGAAGAAAAGAUGAGGCACCAGAAAAAAACUUCCAGACCUCUUCAGCUUUUUCUAGAGAAAUGCAGACAAACAACUAAAGGAAGAGUUAAGCUGUGUUUACUUUGCACACUGUCAUCAACAAAUCACAUUGUGACUGGUGUCUGUCUCAGAGGAGAUGGUACUGGUUGUUUUUCUAUAGCCAUAGCACCAUGAGUAAAACACAUAAGAACACACUUGGAAGUGUCUUCUAUGUUGAAAUGCUGUUUGCUUUGAAAGCAGAAACAGGGAUCAAGGAAAGCAAGUUCCCUUUUCUCAACAUUUCAGGAAUGCACGUGCCAUUUGUACAGACGUUGCCAGAGCUGAAAACAACUGGAGGUUCUGUGAAGGCUGCCUCACGGUAGAACAUGAGCAGGUAAUGCACAAGGAGCAUCACUGGGAAUCAUGUCAGACGAGUCAAUCUCAGGGAGUGAUCCGGACCUGGACCCGGACUUGGAGCAGGAGGAUAUGGAAGAGGAGGAGGAGGAAGAUGAGGAGGAGGCGAUGGAGGAGGACAAUGAUGGGGAUGACGAGGAGGACUUACUUGAUGAGAGUGACCAACCCCAGGAAGCUGUGUUCAGCAGUGACCAUGUUGAACACACAGAGGAUGGAGAAUGGCAGCGCUCUACUUCAACUACCUCAUCUCAGAGUGAGCGGGCAGAGAGACACUUGCAGAACCAGCACAAGAGCCUGGCCUCUGAGGACACCAAAAAGAAGAGGGCUCAGAAACCGUCUCACAUGCGGAGGAACAUAAGAAAGCUGUUGCGUGAGGACCAACUGGAAGCUGUGACAAAAACAGCCCAACAGGAAGAGUUGGAGAGAAGGAAACGGCUAGAGCAGCAGCGGAAGGAUUAUCCAGCCACUAUACCAACCGUACCCCUUGAGUUUCUUCCUGAGGACAUAGUUUUCAGAACAGCUGAGGCUACCCAGCUCCCUCCUCAGGUCCUGGCUGAGGAAGUGAUCUGCCUAGAUAGUACCAGCAGUGGCAGUGAAGAUGAUGCUAAAGGAAAAAAUAGCAUUAAAGAUGAAGUGAUUGAGCUGAGUUCAGGAGAGGAUGAUGCCCUUCAAAUUGUGGACAGCAGUGACUCUGGCAACGAAGGGGAGGAGGAUGGCAGUGAAGAGAGCAGUGGUUCUCAUGUGAAUGAUGCCUUAAAUCAGUCAGAUGCUCUAGGGCAAGUCAUUGUCAAUAUCAACCAUCCACCAAAUGAGGAGGACAUUUUCCUAGCUCCCCAGCUUGCACAUGCAGUAAAACCUCAUCAGAUUGGUGGGAUCCGAUUCCUGUAUGACAACUUGAUUGAGUCUUUGGAGAGAUUUAAAACCAGCAGUGGGUUUGGGUGCAUUUUAGCACAUAGCAUGGGCCUGGGGAAGACAAUACAGGUCAUCUCUUUCUUGGAUGUACUUUUUCGGCACACAGAGGCAAAGACUGUUCUUGCCAUUGUACCUGUGAAUACACUCCAAAACUGGCUAGCAGAAUUCAACAUGUGGCUCCCAGCACCUGAAAAUCUUCCUGCUGAUUAUAACUCCAAAGAGGUCCAGCCCCGCACCUUCAAAGUCCACAUCCUGAAUGAUGAACACAAGACAACAGCUGCACGUGCAAAGGUGGUGAAUGACUGGGUGACAGAAGGUGGUGUGCUGCUGAUGGGAUAUGAGAUGUACCGUCUUCUCUCAUUGAAGAAAUCCUUUGCCACUGGCAGGAAGAAGAAAACAAAGAAACAAGCUGGCCCUGUCAUUAUUGACUUGGAUGAAGAAGACAGGCAGCAAGAGCUUCUGAAAGGGAUUGAGAAAGCUUUGUCUCGCCCUGGCCCAGAUGUGGUUAUUUGUGAUGAGGGACACCGGAUAAAGAACUGCCAUGCCAGCACUUCGCAGGCCCUGAAGAACAUCCGCUCCCGCCGGCGGGUCGUGCUGACUGGCUACCCGCUCCAGAACAACCUCAUUGAGUAUUGGUGCAUGGUAGACUUUGUCCGACCUGACUUUCUAGGCUCUCGUCAGGAAUUCAGCAACAUGUUUGAGCGCCCUAUUCUGAAUGGGCAGUGUAUUGACAGCACCCCUCAAGACGUCCGUCUCAUGAGGUAUCGCAGUCAUGUCCUGCAUAGCCUGCUGGAAGGCUUUGUGCAGCGGCGAGGCCACAGUGUGCUGAAGGUUCAGCUCCCAUCUAAGGAAGAACAUGUCAUUUUGGUACGUCUGUCAAAGAUCCAGCGGGCCCUUUAUACGGAGUUCAUGAACCGGUUCCGAGAUGCAGGCAACAGUGGCUGGCUGGGACUCAACCCACUGAAAGCUUUCUGCGUCUGUUGUAAGAUCUGGAACCAUCCAGAUGUGUUGUAUGAAGCUCUGCAAAAGCAAAAUCUGGCAAACGAGCAGGAUUUAGAUGUGGAUGACCUUGGCACAGCAAGUACUAAUUCCCGCUGCCAGCCUCAGGGAAUUAAAGUCAAAACAGAGAGUAAUGCUUUGGCAUCACCAGCUGGAGAAGCUACCAACAGCAAGUUCCUCCAGAGCGUUGGCUUCAACCCUUUUCAGGAGAGAGCAAAUCAGGUCGUUACUUACGAGUGGGCCAAAGACAUCUUGUGUGAUUACCAGACGGGAGUCUUGGAGAACUCACCUAAGAUGGUGUUACUCUUCCACCUAAUUGAAGAAAGUGUGAAGCUUGGAGACAAGAUCUUGGUCUUCAGCCAGAGCUUGUCUACCUUAUCUGUCAUUGAAGAGUUUUUGGCAAAGAGACCAAUGCCGAGUCCUCCAGGCUCAGAUGGAGGAGUUCACAACUGGGUCCGAAACAUCAACUAUUACAGACUGGAUGGCAGCACCUCUGCCUCAGAAAGGGAACGACUGAUUAACCAGUUUAAUGAUCUCAGCAACACCUCUGUUUGGCUCUUUCUUUUGUCCACACGUGCUGGGUGUUUGGGUGUUAACCUCAUUGGAGCAAACAGAGUGGUGGUGUUUGAUGCUUCUUGGAACCCAUGCCAUGACGCCCAGGCCGUGUGCCGAGUGUACCGCUAUGGGCAGAAGAAGCCAUGCCACAUUUACAGACUGGUUUCUGAUUACACUCUGGAGAAGAAGAUCUAUGACCGUCAGAUCUCCAAGCAGGGCAUGUCAGAUCGGGUGGUGGAUGAUCUGAACCCAGUGUUGAACUUUACUCGGCGAGAGGUGGAGAACCUGCUGCAUUUUGUGGAAGAGGAAUCUGACCCUGCUCAGCUCUCCCUCAAUCCAAGCAAGAUAAAGGAGUCUGUUCUACAAUUAGCCUGUCUCAAGUAUCCUCACCUCAUCACCAAGGAGCCUUUUCAGCAUGAGUCACUGCUGAUCGACCGGAAGGAGCACAAGCUGACCAAGGCAGAGAAGAAAGCAGCCAAGAAGAGCUACGAGGAGGAAAAGCGAGCAUCCGUCCCCUAUACCCGGCCGUCCUACGCACAGUAUUACCCAGCCAGUGAUCAGAGCCUGACAAGCAUCCCUGCCUUUAGCCAGAGGAAUUGGCGACCAGCCCUAAAGGGUGAGGACAAGCCAGUGGCAAGUGUCCGCCCAGUUCAAUCCACUCCCAUUCCUAUGAUGCCUCGACAUGUCCCCAUAGGCAAUGCAGGAUCAACCUCAAGUUCCAACCCUGCUGUCAACUUUCCCAUCAACUAUCUACAGCGAGCUGGUGUCUUUGUGCAGAAGAUUGUCACCACCACAGAUAUUGUGAUUCCUGGUACGAACACAUCCACUGAUGUACAGGCAAGAAUCAGUGCUGGAGAGAGCAUCCACAUCAUCCGAGGGACAAAAGGGACGUAUAUCCGGACCAGUGAUGGGCGGAUUUUUGCUAUCCGGACCACUGGGAAGCCAAAGGGCAACGAAGACCGUCGAACAGCUGCCUCAGGCUCCCAGAGCUCGUCACUGGAGUCCACAAGCAAUGGCAGACACAGUGCCUCGUCACCGCAGCUCCCCAGUGCAGAGGAGCUCACUCGGCCCAUAUCCCCUGACAGCCCCGAGAUCAUCAGCGAGCUGCAGCAGUACGCGGAGGCAGCGGCUGCCCGGGAGUCCCGGCACAGCUCUCCCAGCACCAACGCAGCACAAGGCCUCCCUGCCCGCAUGGACAACGCGCCCGGCUUAGCAGCCCGAGGAGCUGAGCAGCAUGUGGGGAUUCACUGCAUGGCUCCCUCCGUGUCUUCAGCCCUGCCAGCCACCAGCCAGCACGUGGAUGCCCACUCAGUGUUGGACUUACGGGGCAACAAGCGCAAGUCAACCUCACCGUCGGCUCCAGAGGAGCAAGCCCGCAGGCAGCAGAAGAAGCGGCAGUUGCCAUCGUCCGUGCAGCCGUACGAACACGGGUACCCCGUCUCUGGUGGGUUCACCAUGCCUCCUGUCUCUUUAAACCACAACCUAACCCAUCCAUUUGCCUCCCAACCAGGAAACUCCUUAUACAUGGGCACUGGCUCCUCUUAUUACCAGCUGCCCAAUUUACUCCCAGACCCUCAUCUGGUGUUCCCUGUGACUACUGACCCUCUGCUGACAGCCGGCACCGCCAGCUCUUCUGCUGCUACCUCAGUCACCGCCAGCGUCCCCUCAUUCAUGCUAAACCCUUCUCUGACAGGGGUGCUGCCCAAUUACUCGCUUCCCUUCACGCAGUCACUCCUGCCCGAGCCCAGGAUGUUUGCUCCUUUCCCAGCCCCCGUCUUGCCUAGCAGCCUUCCCAGGAGCAUGGCAUCUGCCUACCCUGGCUACAUGUCCCCUCACUCGGGCUACCCGGCUGGGGGCCUCCUUCGGUCCCAGGUGCCUCAGUUUGAAACCCAGGAGGUCCCAGAGGUGGGAUGCAGCUCUAAUGACGAGGACAAAGACGACGAUGUUAUAGAGAUCACAGGGAAAUAAUGGGCCCGGCUCCUGCUCGGUCUCAGCUCUACCAGGAGGCAAAAGUUGCAGGACCUUUUUGGGAGUCAGGAUUUCCCCUCUGGGCCACUGCAGCAGGUGGAGAAAGAUGCGA